AAAUUAAAUUAAUUUUAAUUUGAGUAGCAAUAUUGACAAAUAUUGUUGACCAUCGGAUGAACAAAUGGUAGUCAUCCAACGGACGAGAAUUAUGAAAUCUUGGUUUUUGUUGAUUUUUUAAAUUAAUUGAGUAGUCUCUAUGAAAUGAUAAAGCAUCAUUUCAAAAUCUCACUUUCUAGAGUUGAACAGUCGGUUCAAAAUCUAGGUUUCAAAGAAUCAAACGCAAGAGCCAAGAACAGUGGCCGAAAAAGGCAGCUGGUGGUGGUUUCGAAAUUAAGUCCAUUACGAGGGGUAUUCUUCCACCGAAGCUCUCGAAUUUAUUUCAUAGGCCUCACACCUCUCCGCGGGGUCACAUGCGAACAUCCCGUGCCUGCCGGCCAAGGUCAGGUCAUCAAAGCGACGUCGUAUUGACCGCUGGACUAGUCGGUUACAUACAAUACACACACUCUCGUUCUCUCUCUCUCUCAACAUUCUCUCCCUGGAUUCUGCGCUCUCUAGAGAGAGGGGGGAGUUUUCAGCCGAUCACUUGCUCUUCGCUCUUCUCCGACUUAUAAACACUGCACUACAGUGAUGUCGGGGAAAGCUCUCAGAGAUCUCAAUAUGCUACCUGGAUUGGAAAGGAAGAAUGAAAACUCCAGUAAAGGAAGUCUUACCAAGCCUUGUGUUGAGAACUCUAAUGAAAAUUCUGAAGAAUGGAAGAGGAAAAACUCUUCCUCUUUGGUUUCAACACCAAAUAAUGGUGAUGAAACCAUAAAACCUGAGGUAGAGAUAGCAAAUACAGAAGUAGAAUAUAUUGAAUCUGAGAACUUGAACGAUUUGGAUGAUGUGGAUAUGAGUCUAAAGACACUCCUAGAUGGACUAGACUCUAAAGACUGGGUUUUGGUGUGUGAAGCACUCAACAAUGUACGCAGAUUAUCCAUUUUUCACAAGGAAGCAAUGCUCAAUAUGCUAGAGAAUGUGAUCCCACUUAUUGUGAAGUCCCUGAAGAAUCCAAGAAGCGCUGUUUGUAAAACUGCAAUUAUGACAUCUGCAGACAUCUUCAGUGCCUAUAGUGAUCAUAUAAUUGAUUCACUGGACCCUCUGCUUGUACAGCUCCUUCUCAAGUCUUCGCAGGAUAAAAGAUUUGUAUGUGAGGCAGCUGAGAGAGCUUUAAUAGCAAUGACAACUUGGAUUUCCCCUAUAACUUUGUUACCAAAGUUGCAACCCUAUCUCAAGAACAAGAAUCCUCGAAUACGAGCAAAGGCAUCAAUGUGCUUUUGUCGAAGUGUUCCAAGACUGGGAGUUGAAGGAGUAAAAGCAUAUGGGAUUGACAAAUUGAUCCAAAUAGCUGCGGCUCAGCUGAGCGACCAGCUUCCUGAGUCUAGGGAGGCUGCUCGGACCCUCCUUCUGGAGCUGCAAAAUGUAUAUGAAAAGUCUCACGAGCAUGCACCAAAUACAGUUUCUGAGCAACAGGAGAUGGGUUCCUGGGAGCACUUUUGUCAAUCAAAGCUCUCUCCUCUAAGUGCACAAGCUGUACUUCGUGUUACCAAUAUUGCUCGGGAAGAUCUUGUAUUGGGUUCCUGACAAGAGAUAUAUACGGCAUGCAUGAGCUUUAGUGUGUACUUGUCUAUUUUUUUACCAACAUAUAUGAGCUUCAGUGACUACCAUCUCCUUUUACCCUUUUAUCUUGCAUUGGAUUGAGCCAUUACAUUUUCCUUGUAAAUAAUGUGAAACAAUGAGAUGCUUGGAAGUGCGGUUGAAGCAUGUAGUUGAGCUGAAAAUCAUAUAAUAUUUUUUCUCAUAUGGUUUACUGGUAGUAACCAUUUUGCAAA